AUGCACUCUUUUGCUCCAAUCCUUGCCUACGGCCUGACGGUCGGGGCUAGCCUCAUCUCAGCUUCCCCCAUUGAAGCUCGUGGCAGUUGCACAUUCACCACUGCUGCCGCUGCGAAGGCCGGAAAGGCUUCCUGCUCAACCAUUGUUCUGGACAACAUUGAAGUUCCCGCCGGAACGACCCUCGACUUGACCGAUCUCACCAGCGGCACCCAUGUCACUUUCGAGGGAACCACCACUUUCGGAUACGAGGAGUGGGCCGGACCCCUUAUCUCGAUGAGCGGAAAGGACAUUACCGUUACCGGUGCUUCCGGACAUCUCAUCAACUGCGAUGGCUCUCGCUGGUGGGAUGGCAAGGGAACCGACGGAAAAAAGAAGCCCAAGUUUUUCUACGCUCAUGGUCUUGACUCCUCGUCCAUCACCGGACUUUCGGUCAAGAACACCCCCCUGAUGGCCUUCAGCGUCGAGUCGAAUGAUAUCACACUCACUGACAUUACCAUCAACAAUGCCGAUGGUGACACCCUCGGCGGCCACAACACCGACGGCUUUGACGUCGGCAACUCUGUCGGCGUGAACAUCAUCAACCCUACCGUCCAUAACCAGGAUGACUGUCUUGCGAUCAACUCAGGCGAGAACAUCUGGUUCACCGGCGGUACCUGCAUCGGUGGCCACGGUCUGUCCAUCGGUUCGGUCGGAGACCGCUCCGACAACGUGGUCAAGAACGUCACCAUCGAACACUCGACCGUGAGCGAUUCCGAAAAUGCCGUCCGUAUCAAGACCAUCUCCGGCGCCACCGGCUCCGUCUCCGAGAUCACCUACUCCAACAUCGUCAUGUCCGGUAUCACCGACUACGGUGUUGUCAUCCAGCAGGACUAUGAGAAUGGCAAGCCCACCGGUACCCCGACCAAUGGUGUGACCAUCUCCGACGUUACCCUCAAGAGUGUGACCGGUAGUGUGGCCAGUGGUGCGACUGAGAUCUACCUCCUGUGUGGUAGCGGUAGCUGCACUGACUGGACUUGGGAUGAUGUUAAGGUUACCGGUGUUUGUUGUUGA